AUGUCUGCUUUUAACACGCUCUCUGUCUUUGCUUUUUUGGUGAUAAUUCUUGUACUUCUCAAGCGUUGGACUACAAACCAAGAGAAGGGUCGCCUUCCUCCUGGACCCAGAGGCCUUCCCUUCGUCGGUAACUUACUGGACUUGCCAUCUUCAUACGCAUACAAGACUUUUACUGAAUGGGGUGAAAAGUGGGGAGAUAUUAUUUCCCUCACGCUAUUUGGCCAGCCCAUUGUCAUCUUGAACUCAAUGAAACACGUGACAGAACUACUUGAUCGUCGAAGCGCAUUGUAUUCCGACCGCCCGACCUUGACUGUUGCUGGGAAGAUGGUUGGAUGGGAUCGAAUUGUCAUCUUGACGCCUUACGGCCCGCGCCUUCGGGAGUACCGUCGGCUUUUAAUGCGCUGGUUCGGGAGCCGGAGCGACAUCGCGCAUUCGUUCGGAUCCAUUAUGGAGGAUGAGACGGCCAAAUUCAUGGUACACCUCAUGGAGCGCCCAGAUACGUUCUUCGAGCGCCUCAGGAAGACUGCCACUGCCACUGCCCUCAGGACCAGCUACGGGUAUCACAUGCGAGACCAGGAAGAUCCAUUGGUCAACAUUGUAGAGACUGCCAUGUCCGGAUUUUCUGCGUUAACGACUCCUGGCGCCUUUCUUGCGGAUAGUUUUCCGAUCCUCCAGCACGUCCCCGACUGGCUGCCUGGCACUGCCUGGAAGAAGACCGCUCUGCAUGCUGCCCAAUAUACAAAUGCUAUGAUUGAGGUUCCCUAUAAAAUGGUCAAAGAGCGAAUGGCCGCAGGAACUGCCAUUCCCAGCUUCACUUCGAUGAGUCUAGAUGGCGACAUUACUGAAGAACACCAGAAAAAUGUGAUGGACGCUGCGGGCGCCGUAUAUGCGGGUGGAUCGGAUACUUCUGUGUCCACCCUCCACAGCUUUUUUCUUGCCAUGAUGUGUUAUCCGGAGGUGCAGAAGAAGGCGCAAGCGGAACUAGAUGCUGUCAUUGGUAGCGACAGAUUGCCCAAUCUAGGUGAUCGAGACUCGCUCCCAUUCAUCAAUGCCAUAUGCACCGAGCUUCAUCGAUGGAAUCCCGUUAAUCCGCUUGGCGUGCCUCACAGCCUCACAGAGGAUGAUGUAUAUAUGGGCUAUCUUUUGCCAAAGGGAACAACUGUCCUCGUGAAUGUUUGGAAAGUCCUUCAUGACCCUACUCACUAUAAGAAACCGUUGGAGUUUAAUCCCGAGAGACAUAUCGCUACGGAGAGCAAAGAACCCGAAUUUGACCCGCGUAACGUUGUGUUCGGAUUUGGAAGACGGUUCCUCUUGAAUGACGCAUUCUACUCAGGGGAUAUUAUUUCCGUGACUCUUUUCGGCCAGCCCAUUGUUAUCUUGAACUCGUCGAAGCACGCUCUCGAACUGUUGGACCGUCGAGGCACACUCUAUUCUGACAGGCCGGUACUAACUGUUGCGGGUAAAAUUGCUGGAUGGGACCAGACCCUUGUGUUGCUUCCGUACGGCUCAUCCUUCCGCGAAUACCGUCGGAUGACAUCGCGCUGGAUCGGCACGCGCAGAGAUGUGGCGCGAAUUGUACCAACAAUGGAGUUUGAGACAUCUCACUUUUUAGUACGACUCGCGAGACACCCAGAUUCACUGAUCGAAGAAGUGCGUAGAACGACUGGUGCCGUCAUUCUGAAGAUGAUCUAUGGGUACGAAGUUCAAGAAAACGGGGAUCCUCUGGUGGACUUGGUGGAUACCGCUGUAGCUCAGUUUUCCGCCCUCACGGCUCCAGGCGCUUUUCUUGCUGAUUUCUUUCCAAUACUGGAACAUAUUCCUAUGUGGUUUCCGGGCGCCGAUUGGAAGAAGCGGGCUUUGAGAGCAGGUCGACAAACGGCGGCAAUGUUUGAUGUGCCAUAUGACAUGGUGACAAAGCAGAUAGCGGAGGGAUGUGUCGUUCCCAGUUUCACGUCGACUUUCAUGGAAGCUAAUUCCACACCGAAGUCUCAGCAUGAUGUGAAAAGCGCUGCCGCCUCACUUUAUGCAGGCGGGGCAGAUACGGCAUGUAUUCUGAUUUCCAGAAUUUUUCUUGCUAAUGCAUCUUCCAGUCUAUGGCUAGCGUCCUGA